UUUGAUUGAUAUUAUGAUGUCAACAAAGUGAAUUUCUUUUCUUUUUUUCUUUCUUUGUAAAUAAUAUUCGUGAUGUUUUCUUGAAUGUUUUCUGAUCUGAUCAUGUUGGAUUAAAUUUUGGAAAAUAUUUUUGUUGUUUUCUGAGCGAUUCACCAUCAUCGUCAAUUUCAAUCAGAUCUCGAUCAAUUUAGGUAUUUAAAAAAAAAAUUGAAGCAAACAUGACUCGAAGUCAAACAACUGCCGCAUCAUCAUCGUCCGCACCAUCGCAACGAAAUAGACAACAACAAUCAUCAUCAUCAUCAUCAUCGAAUGCAAAUGUUAGACAUCGAUCCAGUAACAACAACAGCAACAACAAUAAUAAUAAUCGUCGCCAUCAACAUUCACAUUUGAAUACAUUACGUUUAGCACAAUUAUUACAAUUACAAUAUGAUGAAAAUUUUACAUUCAUUUCACCAUGUAUUAAAUAUUUUCUAUUCUUUUUCAAUCUAAUUGUUUGGAUAUUCGGUUGCCUAUUGAUUGGUUUAGGUGCCUGGUCAUUUCUUGAAGAAUAUAGCGAUAAUACGGCUAUUCAUGUUCGUACUGUUAUUGAUCUUUUGCUUAACAUAUCAUUGUUUAUUAUUGUAUUUGGAAGUAUUGUUUUCAUCAUGAGUUUUACCGGAUGUAUUGGUGCAUUACGUGAAAAUCUUUUUCUUCUUCGAUUGUAUUCGCUAAUAUUAUUGCUUAUGUUUAUUGCUGAGACAAUUUUAUCGGCUGUUGCAAUCCUAUUUCCAAAUUCAUUCCUGAACCUGGUGAAGGAAGCAUUCUCAAAUGAACCAAUUAUCAAAUAUCGAGAUGAUUCAAAUCUACAGAAUAUUAUCGAUUUGGUACAAACAGAAUUUCAAUGCUGUGGUGUAUCGGAUAAAGGUUAUAAAGAUUGGUCAAAAAAUAUUUAUUUCGAAUGUUUGGAUACAAAUCCUAGCCGUGAACGAUGUGCCGUACCAUAUUCCUGUUGCCGUAAUUCUCGUAAUCUGGAUUCUGGUUUAAUUAACAAUGAAUGUGGUUUUAAUAUGCAAAAUAUAAGUUCAGUAGUCGAAGUAAAUAAAGAUAUUUUUACACGUGGUUGUAUUGAAGCUAUUACGGAAAAAAUUGCACCACAUAUACCUAUUCUUGCCUAUGUUUGUAUUGGUAUUGCUAUCAUUCAGUUAUUGCUUAUGUUUUUAGCACGUUCAUUACAGGGCCAAAUAUCGGCACAAUUAUCCCGUUGGAAUGGAAGAUGAUUUUGAUGAUACGAAUAUUGCAUAUUAACUUUUUUUUUUGGUCUUCUCAAUUUUAAACUCAAUUGUACAAAUUGAAAUCAAAAUAAU